CCAACUCUCCUACUAAAAAAAAACCUUUCCACAGAGAAAACUCCAACAAUGGCGUCUUCCAACAAGACUCUGCUCAUCCUCCUCUGCGCUCUCUUCGCCCUCGCAAUCAUCGUCUCCGCCGAAGUCUCCUCCACCACCGCAAGUGGCUACCAAGGCGGAGGCGGGAACUAUGGCCGCGGUGGCGGCGGGAACCAAGGCCGCGGUGGCAGUGGGAACUAUGGUCGCGGCGGCGGCGGCGGUGGAAGGUGCCGUUACGGUUGCUGCCGUGGAUACCGUUACUCGUACGGAUGCUCGAGGUGCUGCGCACUUGCCAAUGAGGCUCCUGAUGCCUUCUUUGCUGAUGAUGUCAAGAACUAA